CCUCCUCCUCCUGCCCUUGUUGCCACCGCCAGACCACCAUGCAGAACCCCUUCUCCGCCACCCCCAUCAUGAGGGACCCCGCCAUCGAGAGCUGGGCCUCCAUGCGUGAGAACCAGUUCCGCUACUUCCGGAUCACCCCCCGUAACGCUGUCAUCAUGGCCGUCGCUGGUGUGAUUCUCCCCUACACCCUGUACCACGUCAUCGUCAACGACAUGGAGGCCGCCCAGGACCGGAAGCGCAUCCCCCUCCGCCCGAUGCUCUACAGCUCUCGUCUGGACCAGCCCGCCGCCCCGGUUGCCGAGGAGUAGGUUCUCCCCCCCCCCCCUCUCCCCUCUCCCCCCCCCCCC